AACACAAUUCAAUUCAGUUUAACGUCAAAACACAGCCUAACUCACAGACUUAAAACGCAACAAGUUCCCAUUUCCGUAUUUCAUCCCAACGCACCGUUUGAAGUCUUUAAACUCAAACGGUGCGUUUCACCUUAUUAAACGCUCAACCCAUUACAUAAAACGCACGCACCCUUAAGCAUAAAAUAAAACGCACGCACACUGUCCCAGACUCAACACAAAACGCACGCAGACGGCUUCUGUGUCUUCUGGACCCAUUUCCCUCCACUUUCGACGUCGUCGUUUAUAGUUGUCACUUAAAACACUUCCAACCUUCCACUACACACUUCACACUUCGACUUCCAGAGGACCCGAGCUUCUUCGCUUCUCCAUGUUAGGUUUUUCUGCUCCGUUUGAGUUCCAGCCGCCGGAUCCAUGACACUAAACGUCCUGAACCCAUUAACAACAAUGCGACUUUACCUGCGCGGUCUCUUCCACGUUGGUCGUAGAGCCUCUCACCGUGUAAGCCCUCUCUCUACGAACACCCUGAACCCCAUUAACCCAUUUUUCAAUACUAUCAAUGUUUCGUCAUUGCAUGCUUCUUUCCUUGAUUGCCCUUUGAUUUGGUCGACCGGCUUUCUUUUCAUAAUCAGAUACCAUUUUGUCAGCAAAUCAAGCCCCAACCGUACUUUUGAUGAUAUUAGUAAAGAAUCAAUUUGUAAUAUUUUUCAACUUAUUCAACAAGAGCAGUGGGAUGACAAUAGGAUUAUCUGUUUGUUUGACUCGGCGCUGGCGCCCAUAUGGAUGUCUAGGGCUUUGGUGGAAUUGAGAGGGGAUCCAAGGUUAGCUUUGCGGUUCUUCAAAUGGGUGGGAACCCGAAUCGGGUUUUGCCACACGACGGAGUCAUAUUGUAUCUUGAUCCAUAUAUUGUUUUACGCGAGAAUGUUCUUGGACGCGAAUAGUAUUAUUAGAGAGUUAGUUUUGUUGACGUGGGUUUUGCCAGGUUGCCAUGUGUUUGACGUAUUGUGGUCGACAAGGGGUGUUGUUUGGGUUCGAGGGUUUGGUGUGUUUGAUGCUUUGUUUGUUGUUUUGACUGGGCUAGGAAUGCUGGAGGAAGCGAUCGAGUGUUUUUUGAGGAUGGUGAAGUACAGGGUUUUGCCAAAACCUCGGUCUUGUAAUGAACUUUUGCAUAGGCUUUCAAAGUCAGGGAAGAGGGAAUUGUCAAGGAAGUUUUUUAAAGAUAUGGUUGGGGCUGGAAUUAGUCCUUCGGUUUUCACAUAUAAUAUAAUGAUAGACAAUAUGUGCAAAGGAGGAGAUUUGGAAGCCGCCAGAAGCUUGUUCGAAAAAAUGAAACAAACUGGCCUUAUGCCCGAUGUUUUCACAUAUACUUCUCUUAUUGAUGGAUCUGAAAAGGCAGGCAAGAGGAAAUUGUCGAGGAAGUUUUUUAAAGAUAUGGUUGUGGCUGGAAUUAGUCCUCCGGUUUUCACAUAUAAUAUGAUGAUAUCCAAUUUGUGCAAAGGAGGAGAUUUGGAAGCCGCUAGAAGCUUGUUCGAAAAAAUGAAACAAACUGGCCUUAGGCCCGAUGUUUUCACAUAUAAUUCUCUUAUUAAUGGAUAUGAAAAGGCAGGGAAGAGGGAAUUGUCGAGGAAGUUUUUUAAAGAUAUGGUUGGGGCUGGAAUUAGUCCUUCGGUUUUCACAUAUAAUAUAAUGAUAGACAAUAUGUGCAAAGGAGGAGAUUUGGAAGUCGCCAGAAGCUUGUUCGAAAAAAUGAAACAAACUGGCCUUAUGCCCGAUGUUGUCACUUAUAAUUCUCUUAUUGAUGGAUAUGAAAAGGCAGGGAAGAGGGAAUUGUCGGGGAAGUUUUUUAAAGAUAUGGUUGGGGCUGGAAUUAGUCCUUCAGUUUUCACAUACAGUAUAAUGAUAGACAAUAUGUGCAAAGGAGGAGAUUUGGAAGCCGCUAAAAGCUUGUUCGAAAAAAUGAAACAAACUGGCCUUAUGCCCGAUGUUGUCACAUAUAAUUCCCUUAUUGAUGGAUAUGAAAAGGCAGGCAAGAGGGAAUUGUCGAGGAAGUUUUUUGAAGAUAUGGUUGGGGCUGGAAUUAGUCCUCCGGUUUUCACAUGUAAUGUAAUGAUAGACAAUAUGUGCAAAGGAGGAGAUUUGGAAGCCGCUAGAAGCUUGUUCGAAAAAAUGAAACAAACUGGCCUUAUGCCCGAUGUUUUCACAUAUACUUCUCUUAUUGAUGGAUAUGAAAAGGCAGGCAAGAGGGAAUUGUCGAGGAAGUUUUUUAAAGAUAUGGUUGGGGCUGGAAUUAGUCCUUCGGUUUUCACAUAUAAUAUAAUGAUAUACAGUAUGUGCAAAGGAGGAGAUUUGGGAACCGCUAGAAGAUUGUUCGAAAAAAUGAAACAAACUGCCCUUAUGCCCAAUGUUGUCACAUAUAAUUCUCUUAUUGAUGGAUAUGGAAAGUUUGGAUUCUUGGAUGAAUCGGUUAGUAUAUUUGAAGAAAUGAAGGAUGCAGGUUUCGAACCUAAUGUAAUAACAUAUAAUGCUUUAAUUGAUUCUUUCUGUAAAUUUGGAAGAAUGCCUCGAGCUUUUGAGUUUCUCCAAGAGAUGAAGAUCAAUGGGGUGGUACUGGAUGUUGUAACUUAUAGCACAUUAAUUGAUGCAUUUUGUAAGGAAGGGAUGAUGCAAGAGGCAAUUAAAUUUUUUAUUUACAUGAGACGUGUUGGUCUUCUGCCCGAUGAAUUUACUUACAGUUCUCUGAUUGAUGCAAGUUGUAAAUUAGGCCAUCUAAAUGAUGCUUUGGAGCUGGCUAAUGAGAUGAUGCAGGCAGGAGUUGACUUGAACAUUGUCACCUACACAGCUCUAGUGGAUGGUCUAUGUAAAGGUGGGAGGAUAAAGGCAGCAGAAGAAAUCUUUCAGGCAAUGCUGAAAGCUGGAGUAAUUCCUGACCAUUUUAUAUACACAACCCUUAUGGAUGCUUAUUUCAAGGCAGGAAAAACUGCAGAGGCUCUCAAUUUGCUGCAGGAGUUACAGGACUUGAAUAUUGAGGUCAGCGUUGUUACUUAUUGUGCACUAAUUGAUGGUUUGUGCAAAAUGGGACUGCUUGAAGAGGCAAUCAAGUAUUUUAAUAGCAUGAACGACAUUGGUAUGCAACCUAAUGUUGCAGUUUAUACUGCGUUAAUUGAUGGUCUUUGUAAAAAUAAUAGUAUUGAAACAGCCAAGAAGCUGUUUGAUGAAAUGCUGGACAAGGGUGUGAUUCCUGAUAGAAGUUCUUACACAGCUUUAAUUGAUGGGAACUUAAAGCAUGGUAAUCUUCAGGAAGCUUUGAAUUUGCGAGGCAUAAUGAUCGAUUUGGGUAUGGAGUUUGAUCUGCCAGCAUAUACUUCCUUGAUUUGGGGUUUUUCUCGGUGUGGCGAGGUGCAACGAGCAAAAGAGCUGUUUGAUUAGAUGAUUCAGAGGGGUUUCCAUCCUGAUGAGAUUCUGUGUAUAUGUCUAUUGAGGAAGUAUUAUGAACUGGGAAAAGUGGAUGAAGCCAUUGAAUUGCAAAAUGAGAUGGUCAAAAAGCGUCUAAUUACUUGCAGUGCAGUUCCCACUUUACAAACUUGA